AUGGGCGCCGCCGCACCGCAUCCCUCCCAGCGACGCUUCUCCUGUGACGUCUGCAGGAAGAGCAAAUCGCGAUGUCAGCGAAUAAGACCUACCGAUGAGAAAUGUGCGAGAUGUUCGAUGCUGGGAGUCAAGUGCGAGAUAGGCCAGCAGAAAGUCCCAGGGCGACCGCGCCGAAAACAAGCUGGGAAAGCAUCACCGCCGUCAGUUCAGCAUCAACCCUUUACUACACCGGAUCGAUCAGUCUCUCCCAAUAGUCUGUCACAAAACGCUACUUUUAUCGAUGAUUGGAGUCCAUUCGACUGGACGGGCAUGUUGUCCCCAAGGCCGUCCCCUCCUCAGAUGUCUGCCACGAUGAUACAAGACGUAAAUGCGGCAUCCUGGAGCAUGGGUUUCACGGAUAUCUUCGAUCAGCCACAGACCUCGUGGAACACAGGCGGCGAUCUCGAAUACACGAAUACUCCAUUAUACACCGAUCUAGACACGAUCACGAACAUAUACCCAAUCGGCAUGUCUCCGAACUCCACCAUCACAUACGAGACCUUCUUCCCCUUGGCCAACUGCCUGACGACACAUCACCCGCGAAUAGCGGACCCUGGAGAGUUCAUGUCCGAUCUGUCCGCGAUAAACCUCGGUCUACACGUCCGUCUUGAAGCGAUAAAGAAGACCAAAGCGUCGCUCGACUUUGACAUCAUGAUCUAUCAACACGGACCACUGUUUAUCGACAACAUCACCUUGGCAGAAUACAUCAUCAAAGUCGCUCAAGAGUUUCUGUUCAUCUUGACAAAGCUUUACAAUACUCGGCAUUGUCCUGAGCUACUAUUUGAUUCACAGCCGAUGGAGUUAAUCCGCCCAUGUCAUCUAUCAUCAGAACUUCGAAAACAGUCAAAGAAUCUAUUUCACGUCUCCCUGCCCCAGCCAACCACUACUUCAGAACCACUACCCACCCCCAUUUCCCUAAUGAUCACAAGUAUCUUCAUUCAGCUCAUCACCAUCUACGAGCUUGUCCUCGAUAAUAUCGCUACACGAGUCGAGCGAAUUGCCAUCGAUCCUAUAGACCCUGUUCCAGGUCUUAUAGUCUGCGGACAACCUCUUGAGAGACCCUGCACACAGGGCAUGAUCUUCUGUGAAGUGUCAGUCAGUCUGAUUGAGAAUAUUGAGCGUGUCCUGGGUGUAGGAAGAGGACCAAAGGGCAAGGAAGUCGGUUUGUUGUCGCCCAGGCAGGUCGAGGUUCUCGGGUGUGAACUGGAUGAAAGACGUCGCGUCAUUCCUGAUCAUGCUAUGAUGACGCCUGCCACGUUACGGAAGCUUUUUGGAAAAGUUGCGGAUAUCUUUAGAAGUAUUAGAGUGUAG